CUCUUUCUCCAGCCAACAGGUCCCAUCCCGAUUUUUUUUUCCUUUCAAAGCCUCGAUCCGCAACCCGCGCUCAACAAACACCAUGGUCUAUCAAUUGAAAGCAGCCGAUGAGUUUGAUUCAAUUUUGGAAAAGAAUCACGUCGUGGUCGCCGACUUUUUCGCUGAAUGGUGCGGGCCUUGUCGGGCAAUUGCUCCCAAAGUAGAAAGCAUGGAGAAGGAUUACACGGAAUUGCCGGCUGAGAAUUCAACCACCGCCCCUGUUACUAACCUCGAGACUGGAGACGCAGGGGUGCCACCACCAGAUACCUUACAACCACCCGCCAACUCUGAGGUCCUGACAGCAGAGGCAACUGUCUCGUCACCGAAGAAGGAAAAGAUUAAGUUCGUCAAAGUUGACGUUGAUAGCUUAUCUGAGCUGUCUGCAAGAAUGGAUGUCACCGCUAUGCCGACCUUCUUGAUUUUCGUUAAUGGUAGGCUGCACAAGACUAUCAUCGGAGCCAACGCACCUUUGCUUAAAAACAGUGUUCAGGAUGCACUUGUUGAAUAUGUCAAAUAGAGGGUCACGUCUGCGAUAACGCACGGUACUAUCUCUUGUUCGUGGACAUAUGACUAUUCCUUUGUGGUGCUUACUGGUCGGUACGAGUUCCCCCGAGGUGCGUAUAAGGUGGGCAGGAUGUCGAGCACCACAAUCUGCGACUUCCUAGACUACGCAGGGUUUAGAUUGAAGGAGCUUUGCAAUAGCAGAACUUUGGGAGUCGGAUCGCCACAUAGCAUUCACAAUAAACGCUACAAAGGAACUCCUCUUCCCGGAGGCUAUGCUCGAAUGCACAAAUAAACACUCAUUGAACACACGCAGUCUCGAAGUUUCGUGAUGGUUUCCACGAGUGACUCUUCAUUGGAUUGGAUCAUUCCGCUCUGAGCCGCGGGUACUGGUAUGAUGACUGGACAACAUCUCGAGAUUCACGGGCGACACUGUUUGCUCCCUGUGAGUCAAUCUUCCUUUC